GAGUGGAGAUACAACAACAGCAGCUCGAGAUCAGGACUUUGGAGAGCGCAGAACAAAAAGCAGCCAACUUUCUCUAGAGCACAUGUGUAAAGCGAUGUUACAACGAACCGGCCCCCAGCUGCUUUUCCUAAUAGCCCUGUGCAGUGUGUUGUACUCCCGGACUCUGAGUCUACCAUACACAUCAAUGAGACCGACAAGACACGCAGACGGUCUGUUCACCAGCGGAUACAGCAAACUCCUCGGACAGCUAUCAGCGCGGAGGUACCUGGAGUCUCUGAUCGGGAAGCGCGUCAGUGAUGAGCUGAUGGAUGAGCCAGUGAAGCGCCACUCAGACGCCAUCUUUACAGACAACUACAGCCGCUUCCGCAAACAGAUGGCUGUGAAGAAGUACCUGAACUCAGUCUUAACAGGAAAGAGAAGCCUAGAAGAUCCUGGAACCAGCGACCCAGAGGAGUCCAGGGACGAGCCCAACACCUUCCAGGAGAGCUACGAUGACAUCAACGUAGAUCACCUCUUAAACAACUUUCAUCUGCCACUUUGAGGAGGGGCCUGUGCUCGAAUGAAUACCUCAAGUCAUCGUCAUGAAACUGCCCAUUCUGAAAAACAACACAGUAUUAAUCCAAAGGACAUUCGAAAGUCAAAUCAGCCAAUGAUGAUGUUUUCUCCAAUGUGGUUAUCUAUCUAUUCAUCCACACAGUACAUGUUUACACUGUAUAUAUAAAGUAUAUAUAUACAACACUAUAUAGACUCUUUGGGGCCGCACUGAGCAACAUGCGUGUCAACGUGCAGUUUGAUCAAUUGGUGUUUGAAAACAACAACUGGCAACAGACGUACCACAUUUACUUUCUUUCUAAGAUCACUGAUGUUCCAUUCACUUUCAAUUAAUCAAAUUCUCUCCAAAUUCAUUUUGAAAGGAACUAAUGUAUCAUUAAAUACAAGUCAAAUUUGUCAACUUUAAGUCAAACAUUUGGCCCGCUGAAUGUCAAUAGAUCAAUAUUUACUUUGAAUAGUGUAUCUUUACCAUUGAUUUUCAAUGAUUCUACUGUAACUUUGGAUUUAACUGUCCAAUGUUUGAUCAGGAAAUUAAGUAUUACUGAAUUCUUGUGAAUUUUCGCCCAAUUUUAAAUGAAUGUUUCUAACUAAUCUUCAGUGAAAUGCUACCACUAUUGACUUUAAUCGAAAUUCUGUCUUGCAGAAAUUUAAGUGGAACAAACUUUAACUUCAACAGAACAAUGGCUCUACUCACUUUAGUAAGAAAAUACUUGCAUAAAAUUGAAUUAAAUGGAACAUUUGCACUAUGUUAAAAGUUAAAACUUUCAAUGACACCAUUACACCAAUUUGACCUCCAUUUAAACAUUUCACUUGUUGAACGUCAAUGGAAUUAAAUUUACGUCCAUUAUAGUAACUUCCCAUUGAAUUUCAGUAGAUCCAACUUAACUUUCAGUUGAGCAUUUGACCCGUCUAAUUAAUUUCCGCUAACCAAUAGUUCCAUUAACUUUAAAUAGAGAACUCUUUAGAGAGACGCUUUAUUAAAAGCUGGCCGAUUUACAUUUAACAGAACAAUAGUUUCAUACAAUACAAGUAUGCUAACUACAAUGAUUGGAACUUUUCAUGUGUUUGUUGUUCUAGUACACAUGGGAUAAUACAUUAGGACAGGACGCCAGUUGUGUUCUUCAAAUUACCAGUUGACCAAUUCAUUUUCAAUGGUGCAAUCAUGAUUUAAGUGCAGGCUGAAUUGUUGUAGAGAAUCCAAACGUGGUCAUUUAAUGAUUAAAAGGAGAUACAGAAACAAGAGGAAGAGGAGCACACUUUGAAUGGACACAGAUGCAUAUAAUCACUUUAUACUAUUCAAUAUGUAGAGCAAAGACAUUAUAACUGAGCAUAGACCUGCCUUUAGCGCAUAUAGUGAUGUACACCACUCACCAAAUAAAAGAUAUUGGUUUAUUUUUCAAAGCUGAGUCUUUUUGUCUGGCUGAUUGUUUGACGAUUGGAGUUUUGAAGUUAAG